AUGGUGCUCAAGUACGGCGCCCUGAUCGUGGACGCUCUCGUCGAAUACAAGCAGCCGGUCUUCGUCUACAUUCCCCCCCACGCCGAGCUGAGAGGGGGCGCUUGGGUGGUGGUUGACAGCACCGUCAACGCCAACGUCAUGGAGAUGUAUGCUGCGAACGGCGCUCGAGGAGGAGUGCUGGAGGCCAACGGGGCGGCCAGCAUCAAGUUCCGCAACAAAGACCUUCUCAAGACAGCGCACCGUCUGGACCCGGUGCUGAUGGAGUUGGACGCGAAGCUGUCGGCGUGUACGGAAGAGGGGGGGGACAGGCGAAACAUAUCGGCCGCGUUGGCCGAACGCGAGACCAGGGUCAUCGGGGUCUAUCGGCAGGUGGCGGUGCAGUUCGCUGACCUGCACGACACGCCCGGGCGAAUGGAGGCCAGGGGCGCGGUCCGGAAGGUGGUACCGUGGACGGAGUCUAGGUCUUUCUUCUUCUGGAGGCUAAGGCGGAGGCUCGCAGAGUUCGACCUUCGAAGACAGGCCGGGUCGAUCAAGGGACACAUGGAGCAGCUGCGGUUUGGCCGCGUUUCCACUCAGGUUUCCGAACUGGCUUCGGCAUCCCCCGAGGCCGUGGUGGAAGGCUUGCUGAGCGCCAAGGGAGGGCUGAGCAAGAGUGCCCGGCAAGCCCUGCUAGAAAGGCUAUCUUCUUCCUCGUGA